AUGCGCUUCUCCGUCCUUGCUACCUUGCUCGUAGCUAUGCCCCUCUUGGCUAGCGCAGCCCCACCCGGCAUUGUGGCUCCUUCUGAGCUCCUCGCUGCUCGACAAGGCUCGGGCAACGAUGGGUGCUACACAUGGUCAUACUGCGACUACCAGAACGACUGCUUCAACCUCUGCAAGUGCAACAAGCCAGCGGGAGCCCCUUGCACCAACCCUCACCCAACAGACCCGACGAUUCCUCACUAUCCUUAA